UGUUUACAUUUCCGUCGCAUGCGCACUAGGUGGCAGGAAUUUAAAAAUCGAUUUGCAAACAUUGAGAACGUUUAUUAAACAAACAUUGAUGUAAUUAAUCUGCUUGCUAACUUAAUUAGAUUAAAGUUUUUUUUUAAUUCUUAAAAUGUAAUGCCUGACAGUUGUUGUGCUAUAGGGUGUAUGAAUAAAAGGAUAAAAGGCGAUAAAAACUUGAGUUUUUACCGCAUUCCUUUUGGAAAUACAGAAACAUCAAAAAACAGAAGAGUUUUAAGCCUUAAAACGUAAAAACUGGCCAAUAAGUAUGAUUGAUAACGCAAGAUUAUGGUAGUAAAUAUUUUAUUUCAGGUAUUUAAUUUUUUUUUUCUUUUGAUAACUAGAAGUUUUUAUAAUAUUAUUAUUAUCUUUGUUUUUAUUUAAUUUAACACAAGUUCAUUAUUUUAAUAAAAUAAAAAAGGUUUUAAUUUUUUUUCUUCUCUAUUUUUAGGCAAAAAAUCAGACAAUCCUAAUAGUCCUGACUAUGUUCCAUCUGUUUUUUUAUACAGACAGCAAUCUUUUUCAAAAAAACAUCAAAGUAUCGAAAGAUUUGAAAGAAGUUGUAAAAGAACAAAAAAAAAUACUGAAGAUAAUUUAUCUCAAACAAAAGCUGAAAAUGAACAGAUGUCAGUUAAUAUGGAUGCAGUAACAUCAGUCGACCCUUUCAAGUUAAAUCAACAAUCUCAGACUGAUGAUGUUAAUUUUGUUGCUGAGCUACAUUCUAAAGUCAAAACUUUGAGUAAAAAUAAUGUUGAAUUAAAGAUUACAAUAAACAAAGCUAUAACAUCAUCUGUUUCUCAAUAUAUUUCGUUUGAAAAACUAAAAGAUGAUAAUUCACUUUUAUCUUUUUAUACUGGUUUGCCAAAUGCAAAUUUAUUUUUGUGGUAUUUAUCAUUGUUUAAUGAUUGUGUAAAACUAAUGAAAAAUAUACCAAUGGAAGACCAUUUAUUGCUAAUAUUAAUGAAAAUCAAACUUGGAUUUUUAAAUAAAGACUUGAGCUUUAGAUUUGGUUUUUCUGAGCCAACAGUCACUAGAAUAUAUAGAUCUUGGCUUCCAAUUAUUGCUGAAAAUGUUAAGUUUUUAAUUGUUUGGCCAGAAAAGCAUGUUUUGCGAAGAAAUUUGCCAACAAGUUUUCGCAAAAAGUUCUAUAAUUGUGUUGCAAUAAUUGAUUGCAUGGAAAUACUCAUUGAAAGACCUUUUAGUCUUCAUGCUCGAGCUCAAACUUGGUCAAAUUAUAAAAACAACAACAAAAUUAAAUAUCUCAUUGGUAUAACUCCAUCAGGUGCUGUAAGUUUUUUAUCCCCUGGAUGGGGUGGUAGAGUUUCAGAUAAAGAAAUUACAAUUAAAUCUGGAUUUUUAGAAAAAAUAACCCAUGGAGAUUGUGUACUUGCUGAUAGAGGAUUUACACUUGUUGAAGAAUUUGCUACAAAAGGUGGGAUUUUAAAAUUACCAAAGUUUACCAAAGGAAGAAAGCAGAUGUCUUCUGCUGAAGUUGAUGAAUCACGUCAAAUUGCACAUGUAAGAAUCCAUGUUGAAAGGGUAAUUGGACGGUUAAGAAAAUUUCGAAUUCUUCAGAACAUUAUCCCAUUAGCUCAAGUUGAUUUACUUGAUGAUGUUAUGGUAACAAUAACUUCAUUAGUAAAUAUUAACAGUAGUGUUGUUCCUCCAAGCUCAUAUGAGUGAAAAACCUUUUUAUUUUUACUUUAUUUUGUAUUAUCUUACAUUUGGAUUGUCUCAAGUACUCUCGAGUCCUUAAUACAAGGGGAAGGGGGUGGUUAGUCAAGAUCUAAUAAAAGUAGGGGGUGAGAAUUUAAACUAAAAGUUUUAUUAUUUAUUAGUUACUAGUAUAUAUUUUGUAAAUUAUAAG